AUGGACAACCCACACACACCAAAGAAAAGCGUCACACAAGGUUUACUCAAUGGGUUAGAGGCGGCACGGUCUAAGGCACAGGUUGCAACUAGGCCAUUCUCAUUGAAACGUUCGACGGAAUGGAAAAAGAAGGCAAGUCAAAUGAAGGCUUCUACGCCGUCAUCGUUCUUUACCCGUAAUAUUACCUUGACAGCUGUCAUACUGAAUCGG